UAGUUGCCUAUAAAACCCAGGCAGUCAAUUAGUUUUCAGAGAAGCAACUGAUCAUCAUCGAUCAACAAGAUGGCGGAGAAAGUGGAGAGGAUGAGGAAAUCAGUAGAGAAAGAAGGAGAAGAGUUGGAAAAAAAGAACGACCAGAUGAAUGAGAGAAAGGUAUCGUGGGCAAAGCUCCGGCGUGUAGACUCCCUCAAUUUGGAGGCCGGAAGAGUUUCCAUGACUCACAGCCACGGCUCACAGGUGAGCUGGAGGAGGACGUUGAGUUUGGCAUUUCAAAGCAUUGGGAUUAUAUAUGGAGACAUAGGGACGUCUCCUCUUUAUGUGUAUGCUAGCACAUUCACUGAUGGCAUUGACAACAGUGAAGACAUUAUAGGGGUCUUGUCACUCAUCAUCUACACCAUUGCACUCGUACCCAUGCUCAAGUAUGUGUUCAUCGUCUUGUGGGCCAACGACAACGGCGAUGGGGGAACAUUUGCCCUGUAUUCGCUGAUAUGCCGAUAUGCGAAGGUGAGUUUAAUUCCGAAUAACCAGCCAGAAGACACGCAGCUAUCCAACUACAAGCUCGACUUGCCAUCAAACGAAUUGAAACGAGCCCAGAAGAUUAAGAAGAAGCUGGAAAAUAGUAAAAUGGCUCAAUACAUACUCUUCACUGUCACCAUUAUGGGAACUUCCAUGGUAAUUGGAGAUGGGGUUCUUACUCCAUCCAUUUCAGUUCUCUCUGCAGUGAGUGGAAUCGACUCGUUAGGAAAAAAUGCUGUCGUGGGGAUUUCGGUAGCGAUCUUGGUCUUUCUCUUCUCUGUUCAGCGAUUCGGUACCGAUAAAGUGGGGUUUACCUUUGCUCCUAUAAUCUUGGUGUGGUUCCUCUUCAUCAGUGGCAUUGGUCUUUACAACUUGUUCGUACAUGACAUUGGUGUUCUUCGUGCUUUCAAUCCAAUGUACAUGGUUCAGUACUUCCAAAGAAACGGAAAAAAAGGAUGGGUUUCCCUUGGGGGAAUAUUUCUCUGCAUUACUGGCACCGAAGCCAUGUUUGCUGAUCUGGGUCACUUCAAUGUCAAAGCAGUCCAAAUCAGUUUCUCUUGCAUUACAUUUCCCGCGUUGAUCACUGCAUAUAGUGGCCAAGCAGCAUACCUCCGUAAGUUUCCUCUCGAGGUGGAGAAGACGUUCUACAACUCGAUCCCAGAUCCUUUGUACUGGCCAACCUUUGUUGUGGCCUUAGCUGCUGCCAUUAUUGCCAGCCAAGCUAUGAUUUCCGGGGCAUUCGCAAUAAUCUCUCAGUCCCUUAGUCUCGGUUGUUUCCCACGAGUUAAGGUCGUUCACACCUCCGCUAAGUACGAAGGUCAAGUAUACAUACCUGAGGUUAACUAUAUGCUCAUGAUCGCUUGCGUGGUGGUCACUGCAGCCUUCAAGACUACAGAAAAGAUUGGAAACGCUUAUGGAAUCGCAGUGGUCAGUGUGAUGGUCAUUACAACUGGUUUACUUACUCUAAUUAUGCUGGUAAUAUGGAAGACCAGCAUAUGGUUGAUUGCUCUCUUCCUUGUGGGGUUUCUUUCAAUCGAGGUCAUCUAUUUAUCUUCAGUUAUGUACAAAUUCGUUCAAGGCGGGUUCCUUCCUCUGGUGUUUGCUUCAUUCCUUAUGGCAAUCAUGGCGAUUUGGCAUUAUGUACACAAGAAAAGAUACAUGUUUGAGAUCAACAACAAGGUUUCAAGCGAAUACAUGAGACAAUUGGCCUCAAAUCCCAACAUUAACCGUGUGCCUGGAAUUGGACUUCUCUAUUCUGAGCUUGUCCAAGGAAUUCCUCCUAUAUUUUCUCAUUUUGUUUCCAAUAUACCCUCCAUUCAUUCAAUUGUGGUAAUUGUGUCUAUCAAGUCCAUUCCCCUCAGCAAAGUUGCAGUGGAGGAGAGGUUUCUGUUCCGACAGUUGGAGCCAAGAGAGUACCGAAUGUUCCGUUGCGUAGCAAGAUAUGGUUACAAUGACAGAAUGGAGGGGCCAAAAGAGUUUGAGCAACAAUUAAUCCAGAAUUUGAAGGAGUUUAUUCGCCAUGAACACUUUGUACUUGAAGGAGAAGCACCCGGGAAUGGAGAAAAAACAGAGGAGCAAGUGGAAGUAGAGCAACAGCCUAACCCUUCGUCUGCUUCCUCACCGUCGAUUCAGUCAUUCAAUGCUGGUAGGUCAACAAAUUCGUCUAACCGGAUUGUGUCUAGCCGGAUUGUCCCUGUUCCAAUCCGAGGGGCCGAAGAGGAAAUGCAGUUUGUGCAAGCAGAAAUGGAAAAAGGGAUGGUAUAUCUGCUGGGAGAGACAGAAGUGGUUGCAGCAGAAAACGCAUCUUUCUUCAAGAAGCUCAUUGUCAACUAUGUCUAUGAUUUCUUGAGGAAAAACUUUAGGCAAGGGCAGAAUAUAAUGGCAAUUCCAAGGUCUAGGCUUCUCAGAGUUGGAAUGACCUAUGAGAUUUGAGAUUUGAGGUGACAAUGUCUAAAAUAGAAGGAAUAAUUGUAUCCAACCAUUGACAGUUGGAGCCAAAUUUGUGUAAGCAAUUGAGUAAUAGGUUCCAAAAUGUGCUUGUCUAUAUGCUAACUAGGAAUCCCCAAAGGAGUGUGAAAGUGUGCGAGUAUGGGUGAUCAAGUGAAGUAUGGAUGGAGUGGUUGUUUCUACAGGCACUUUUAUUUCUGUUCUGCUUGACUUUAUUAUAAUACAUUUGUGGAUUAAUUUAGUUUAAA